CAACAUGCUCUACUCUGCGGUCAAUCCCAAUGACUAUCGUAAAAUCUCUUGCUGCACAACCACCAAAGAGAUGUGGGACAAGCUCGAGGUAACAUACGAAGGCACAGACCAAGUUCGAGAAGCCAAAAUUGACUUCCUCACGCAGGAGUACGAGUUUUCAGGAUGAAAGAAGACGAGAAAGUCGACGACAUGUUCGAUCGCUUCUCGAAGAUCAUCAAUGAUCUUCACGCCCUCAAGAAGACGUACGCACACAAGGACCUCGGGAGGAAAAUCCUGCAGAGCCUCACCCCCGAAUGGAGAUCAAAGGCCAAUGCCAUCUAUGAAUCCAUCGGAGUCUCCAACGUCACCAUCGAUGGUUUAAGAGGUAAUCUAAAAACUUAUGAAUCUACUAUUCUAACCCCGUCUUUGGAUGAACAAAAGAAGAGGAUAGCGCUGAAAGCAACCAAGGAAACGGUUGAAGAGGAAUCAAGUGAUGAAGACAAUGAGUUUGACCUCAUCAUCAAGAAAUUCCACAAAUUUUAUGAAGAAAGAGCACGAGAGCAAAUGAAAGAAGCAUGACGGUUCCCCAAAGUGUUAUGGAUGUGGCGAGAUCGGUCACAUCAAGCCGAGGUGUCCAAAAGGCAAAAACGGCAAGGACAAACCCGGAUUCAAAAAGCAAAGAGCGUAUAUCUCUUGGGGUGGUGACUCCGGCGUGGAGUCAAGUGAGCAAGAGGAAGACAAAGAAGCAAACCUUUGUCUCAUAGCUCAAGAAGAAGAGGAGCCCCCCAAUGAUGAAAACAAAAAGGUAUGUAUUUC